AUGGAUCUUCCAGUUGUGGUUGAUUCGAACGACGAUGAAAUAGUCUCCCACGAACUAGAGCAAAUGAGGAGUAUAUUGGAAGAGGCGAUUUUGGAAACGCGCAGCACCCCUCUCGAAAAUCGACCGCGACUUCCCCGCAUACCCUUAAGCAAGCGAAAUCGGGCUGUCGUGAGGGCUCUUAACCCAAUGCUGGUGACCUAUUUGGAAGCCAGCCGGGACCUUUGCGAGACGGACUCGAUUCUCUUUGGCGCCGCAGUGGCAGUUUGCCGUAUUAUUGGCGCCAAACUUCCCAUGGCUGGACGCGCUACUACACAAAGUAACGCCAUCCCAGCCUGGAGGAAAAGAAUCGAGGACCGUAUCGCAAAGGCAAGGGCCCUUAUCGGCAGACUGACAAGCUUCAGGUCGGGUAAUAAUAGACCGAGGAUUAUGCGCACCGUUAGGAUGGCGUUUGCUGGGACAAAUAUCAGUUUGUCCCAGCCGGAUAUCACGCAGAAACUAACGGAGCGCAUAGACGACCUGAAGCAAAAGAUCGCUGCUUGGGGGAAGCGGAUUCGACGAUUUUCCGAGGGGUCAAGGCGGUUCAACCAGAAUCGUCUCUUCCAGAGUGAUCAGAAGAGGCUCUAUAAAUUAUUGGAGCGACCAAAGGUAUGUGGAGCGGGCCAAGGACCGGAUCAGGCUGACAUUAUCGCAUUCUGGCGUGGCCUGUGGUCAGAGCCCGUAAACCACAGUGAGGGCCCUUGGAUGGAAGUUGUGGCGAGCCAGGGUGCGAGUGUUACGCCUAUGGACCCCAUCACCAUAACGCCAGAAGACGUGGCUGAGGCGGUCCAAUACAGUCUUAAUCUCAAUUUGAGAUGCAGGGAUGUUAUGCAGAGUGGCAAUUUCUGA